GCAGUGACGUCACUCGCAUCGCUUUCAGAAACUUGCCUUCACACGUCACUGGCAGGACAACUGGCCCAAAUAUACUCCAGUCUGCAGAGCUCCAGGACAGCAGAAGCCGGACAAUGCGAACUCCAGCCCGGAUUCCGCCCCCUGCCUGAGAGGCCGUGUGGAGAGCAGCAUGAAGCGGAAAAGCGAGCGUCGGAGCGGCUCGAGGAAAAGAAUCUGCGCGUCUCUGCGGGACCACAGCGACAUACAGCUCCACAUCACAGAUCAGCUGUAUUUUGCUCUUCUUCAUCAGAAAGUGAGGAGCACUCCUGACAGACACUGUUUCUGCAUCGAUGAAGAGCUUUCAUAUGAGAACUUCUAUGCGGACUUUGGACCACUCAACCUGGCCAUGCUGUAUCGCUUCUGCUGCAAACUCAAAAAGAAGCUGAAGUCAUGUGCUCAUGCAAAGAAGAAAAUUGUGUUUUACACUUAUGGGGACAGAAAGAAACAAGCCAAUGCUGCGUAUUUGAUCGGCUCUUAUGCUGUAAUGCAUCUACAGAAAACCCCAGAAGAAGCGUACAGCCUUCUGGUCUCUCAGAAUGCACCAUAUCUUCCUUUUAGAGAUGCAUCGUUUGGGGCUUGCAUGUACAAUCUGAAUAUUCUGGACUGUCUGCGGGCCGUUCACAAGGCUCUGCAGUUUGGCUGGUUGGAUUUCGCACAGUUUAAUGUGGAGGAAUAUGAACAUUAUGAAAGAGCAGAAAAUGGAGAUUUCAACUGGAUCCUUCCAGGGAAGUUUCUGGCUUUCAGCAGUCCUCAUCCCAAGAGCAAAAUCGAGAAUGGAUACCCUCUCCAUGCUCCUGAAGCGUAUUUCCCAUACUUCAGGAAGCACAACGUCACCACCAUCAUCCGGCUGAAUAAGAAAAUGUACGACUCCAAGCGGUUCACAGACGUGGGCUUCAAACACCACGACCUGUUCUUUGUGGACGGAAGUACACCGAACGACAGCAUCGUCAGCCGGUUCCUGCACAUCUGUGAGAAUGCAGAUGGAGUCAUUGCCGUCCACUGUAAAGCUGGUCUGGGCCGAACGGGGACACUGAUUGGCUGUUACCUGAUGAAACACUUUCGAUUGACGGCAGCUGAAGCCAUCGCGUGGAUCAGGAUAUGCAGACCCGGAUCCGUCAUUGGACCCCAACAGAACUUUGUUGAUGAAAAGCAGUCGAGUCUGUGGGCAGAGGGUGAUCUGUAUCGGCAGAAGAUCAAUGAGCAGGAAAACGGCUCUGCUAAAACAGCAGUGGCUGGAAUCCUGUCUGGGGUGGAAGAUAUCUCUAUUAAUGGAACCAACAAGAGCACAUCACAGAGGAAAACAGCCAGUCAGAAUCACACUGAAGAAGAGGAAGAGGAGUGUGCUGGACUCACACAAGGUGACAAACUGCGAGCUCUGAAGAGUAAAAGGCAGUCCAGAGCAUCUACAGGCUCAAUAUCGUUGGAAGAAAAUACAGUUCACACCAAAUCAACAUCAAAGUCUUUAAGCUCAGAAAAAAGGAAAAGAACUCGGGCAUCUCUCGGAUCCAACAGGGCCAGUAGCCCUUUACAUUCACGGCUGGCUAAAUCUUUAGGCAGUUUGCACGUAGUGGCCUGUGAAACGGACGGUGUGUUCUGUGACAUUAGCGCUGCCUCUGUGGCCAAUAAUAAUAGUUUCAUCAAGCAGUCGAACAUAAAGCACUUAAGAUCCAUCAGUUCGGCCGCAGUCUGAGUUUCCUGGCCUCUUAACUCCAUCUCCAAAGCUCGAGCUCCACUCCUCCGCUGAAAAAAAAAAGCCAGAAACCGGACGCUUUAUUGGAUGUAUAGGUGAUAUUCAACAAGAAAACUGUGAGAAAUCAACGUUUCUAUUUGAUCAAGAGAAAGCAUUGAGUUUUAUUUACAACUCUGAGCUCUGUGAAGACUUUUUAUGCCAUUGUAAAUAUCAUGAACAUCAUAAGCUUACGUUUGCCCUCAUGUAUUAUGUAUUAUGUUACUAAACCGGUUUUAUUUUUUAAUACUGUCUCUAAUACUUGCGGAAAUGUACAUGUCUGAGUGUUAAUCAUACUGUUAAUCAGAGCUGUAAUAUUUGAUAGACUUGUUUUUUUAUUAUUACUGUAAAUACAGCGUAUACCUUUUUAUUUUGGUGACCAAAUCAUAAUUUCACAUUUGUGUUUGUCUAUAUGAUAUGAAAAGGAUUUGAAUCGUAUAUCACUUUCAAUAAAUCCUUUCCCCUGUUGCA